AUGCUAAGAACAUCUUUUACCCAGCUAGCUCGUCGCGCUUACGCAUCUUCAGCGAAGCCAUUGACAAUCGGUUUAAUCCCAGGUGAUGGUAUCGGUAAAGAGGUCAUUCCAGCUGGUAAGUUGGUUUUAGAAAACUUGUCCUCUAAGCAUGGUUUGAACUUUAACUUUAUCGACUUGGAAGCAGGCUGGAAAACUUUUCAAGAUACCGGUAAGGCCUUACCUGACGAGACCAUUGACAUCUUGAAGAGUGAGUGUCAAGGUGCUCUUUUCGGUGCAGUCCAAUCGCCAACAACCAAGGUGGAAGGGUACUCUUCACCUAUUGUUGCCUUGAGAAAGAAGCUAGGCUUAUACGCAAACGUGCGUCCAGUUAAGUCCGUUGAAGGUACCAAGGAUCGCAAGGUUGACAUGGUGAUUGUCAGAGAGAACACCGAAGAUUUGUACAUUAAGACUGAAAAGACAUAUAUCGAUGAAAAGACCGGUACUCGUGUUGCUGAGGCUAUCAAGAGAAUUUCCGAGGUUGCCACUAGAAACAUUGCCACCAUCGCUCUAGACAUUGCCCUUCAAAGACUCAAGACCAACGGUCAAGCAACCUUGACUGUUACACACAAAUCCAACGUCCUUUCUCAAAGUGACGGUUUGUUCAGAGAAGUUUGCAGACAAGUUUACGACUCUAACAAAGCUAAAUACGGCGCCGUAGGCUACAAUGAGCAAAUUGUCGACUCUAUGGUCUACAGAAUGUUCAGAGAGCCUGAGUGUUUCGAUGUCAUUGUUGCUCCAAAUCUAUACGGUGACAUUCUUUCUGACGGUGCUGCUGCCCUUGUCGGCUCUUUGGGUGUUGUUCCAAGUGCUAACGUUGGAUUCGACUUUGUUGUUGGCGAGCCAUGCCACGGUUCUGCACCAGACAUUGCUGGUAAGGGUAUCUCCAACCCAAUUGCUACCAUCAGAUCUACUGCUCUAAUGCUGGAGUUUAUGGGUCACGUAGAUGCUGCGCAAGACAUUCACAAGGCUGUUGAUGCCAAUUUGCGUGAAGACAAAAUCAAGACCCCAGAUCUAGGCGGUAAGUCGACCACUCAACAGGUUGUCGACGACAUUCUAUCUAAGAUGUAA